AUGUCCCGAAAGGUCAUUCUUCUCAUGGGAGCUCCCACCGUACGGAGUCUUCAAUGGGAUGAAAAUGAGCUACUCAAUGCACCUAUAUACCCAUUCGACGGCUCGGGUGGUGACGACGAAGGAGCCGGAUCAUUUGCAGAAAACUACCCUGUGAAAUGGAGACUGCUGCGGAACUCGGCUUUGCCAGAGACACAACCUGAUCAGAACGAAACCAAUCCUGCGGGAGGCGCACGGUUCUUCACCAUCGACGAGCUGGUUACUCCUGGCGGAAUAUCUACAACGGACGAUUCACUCUCCAAAUUCUACAACCACUCUUUUGCCAUACAUGAGACUUCAGAGAUAACUGUGCCUGGCACCUCCGGGGACGACUCGGCAAAAGAGAGCGGCUUAUGGGCGGAUAGCACGAACACUUCGAUCGCCCUUAGCUGGGAAGAAGAAACCGCCCAGCCCGGUCUCUCAAUCUCAAUCCCCGGGCAUAUCACAGAUCUGCGGGACAUUCCUAGCGCCGCAUACCUCAAUGCCAUCGUGCCUCAGACGAUGACGGUGAAUCUGAUCGUGGGCAUCAUUACCAUUCGGCCGCCGCGGCGCAUCGUGACACGACAAUGGAAACGAGAGCUGGACCUGAUCGAGGUCGUGGUGGGCGAUAACACGCGCAGCGGGUUCGGGGUUACAUUCUGGCUCCCUCGCACGAGUCGAGGCGGCGACGACGAGAGCGAACUGGGGCGGAGCCUGGCGACACUGCGACCACGGGACAUCGUUCUCUUGCGCACGGUGGGACUGAGUUCAUUCCGGGAACGGGUGUACGGGCAGAGUCUGAAGAAUGGAAUCACGCGGGUGGAUUUGCUGCACCGCCAGCGGGUCGACGUAACGGACGCGGGGAGAGUGUACAGCGGCAGGAAGCUGCGCGAUGUUCAGCAGGAAGAUCAGCCGCUGGCGAAGGUGAGCAACGUCCGGCAGUGGAUCCGCCAGUUUGUGGACCCGGCCCCGGAAGCAGCAGGCGGUGGCACCAGGGGGCCAAAACAACGUGGGCCCAUGGAGUUUCCGGCGAAAAAUCCUCGUCCACCGAUUCUGCCUCCAGAUACGCCCGAGCAGUGA